CAUAGCCAAUUAAGCUCACGAGUCACUCACGACCCUUCUUAUAUAUAUAUGCUUUCUACCUCUCUCUCUCUUUCUGUAUUGCAUUGUGUUUCACUAUCUAUUUCAACUUUUUUCAAGCAUGGACACGAUCACAAGCAUGGUAGCUGAGAAGCCUGUGGUGAUAUUCAGCAAGAGCAGAUGUUGUUUGAGCCACUCCAUGACAUCACUGAUACGUUCUUUUGGCGCAAACCCCACUGUUCAUGAGCUGGAUGAGAUGGCGAAUGGGGAGCAGAUUGAGAGUGCAUUGCUUCAAAUGGGGUGCCAACCAAGUGUUCCUGCUGUGUUCAUAGGGCAAAGAUUCAUUGGUGGCUCUAAGAAAAUCAUGAGCAUGCAUGUCAGAAAUGAAUUGGUACCACUGCUCAAGAAUGCUGGGGCUAUAUGGAUUUGAGACCAAACUGGUUUCUACUAAUUAAUUAAUAGUUAUGUUUUAGAGAUGAAUAAGAUGGCUUUGUAGUCCUGCUACGUGGUUACAGUGGUGUACUAAACUAUAUAUAUAUAUACUCACUAUAUACUAUAUGAGGCUUAAACUUUCACAUAUUA